AUGACGGAGUAUGGCCCAAGGUUCCUACUGCUUUUGGGAAGCUGCCCGGGCGAAGGCAUGUGGUCCCAUGCCAACAGCUACCGACAGCUGGUCGCUCAAGUGCAAGAAGCUUACGGUAGCAAUUACGACCCCAUCUUCAAAUAUAAGCUUCCAAGCAACCCGAAAGCGCUGAGCCCGCCAAACGGAACGUGUGAUAUCAUCAUCGACGACGAUGACGACUUCAACAUCUGGUUGUACGGUUAUGUCCCCAUACCUCACCAUCGCGACGUAGUUGACGACAUUCAUCACCUUCCUCAGCCGUUGACAGAGAAAAUGUACGUUUUUAAGAAACUUUCACCACCCGCAUCGCUGGUGCACUUUUCGUCCUCGAUAUUGUUGCCACCAGUCCACAGUAGUAAACCAGAAGACGAGACAGGAGUGAGUUCUCUCGCAAAUUCCUCAACAGCAGCCCCUAGCCCCCCCGUGCUCCACGCAGAUGAUGAUGUUGUGAAGCUGCCGCUCUACCCACUACUUCCGCCCCUCCUGCUAGUGAAGCUCGGUGUUCGCGUCGUUCUCCGUCAUAGCGAUGCCGAGGAGGCGAUCCUUCUCAGCAGCAGGACCGUGAGCGGCGCGGGUGAGGGUCACUGGGCGUUGCUUUUACGCAAAGCUCAACGCGCGUGGGGGGUACAGCGACCUUGUCUGCGUUACUUAGACCUCGAUCAGGGAUUCACGGCAAUAAACAUUUUCAACAUACGCGAUUACAUGUGCUGGAGUACGGGUGUUGGGCGCGAGCGAACUGAAUUGAUCGUGUUAGAGCAUCUGUUUCGUGAUGAGGCUCUCAUGAAACAGCGUGCACACAAACUUGAGCUGAUGAAGGAAAGUGAGCUAUCACGCAGGUGCAUAGAGGAGCGAGCCGAAGAGGCUUUUGGAUCGCGCAAAUUCAGCUGUCCAUCCCAUCCCUACACAGCCACCACAGUGGCUACAGUACGGGGCGUAGACUGCAAAUUGUUUGGCCCUUCCUUCACAACAGAUGGCAACAUUCCCCCAAUAUAUGAAAAGGGGGAAGGCGCCGACGAAUGUUCCCUUCAGCACCACAGGCAACUUGUUGACAAACUUAGGAGAAGCGGCUUGUUCUAG